CGCUAGAGAGCGUACGUUGUUCACCAUUUGGUCCAGAUUUUAACAAGGUUAUGGUUUUCCGCAGUUUUCUACGGUCGUCUGUGAUUUCUUGAAACUAUUGCUUUAGCUCACGUCUAUAAACAAAGUUUGAUAAAUAUAAGUGUAAAUAAAGUUCCGAACACUUUGUGAUAAGUGUGAACGUUGUACUUAAAAACAUUGAAAACAAGAUAAAAUUUCAAUAAACGAUACAGACUUUUUGUUUGAGAAGAACCGAAGUCCAAUAUGUUAUUAUUUAUUAAUUAAUAAUAAAUAGUAAAUGAUAAAAGAUACACAAAUCAAUUGCUAGCUAGUAAAUCGGCAUCAUGGCAGAUCGUUUGACACAGUUACAAGAUACCAUAAAUCAGCAAGCCGAACAUUUUUGCAACAGCGUCGGUAUUCUACAACAAUAUUCUACACCUAGUAAAUUCCCUGGAUUUGAUCGUAUUGGAACUCCACAGCCCCAUCAGUCUCAAGAAGAUUAUGCUGCUUUAUUUGCAAAUCUAAUUGCAAGGUGUGCAAAGGACAUAGAUACAUUAAUAGAAAGUUUACCAAGUGAGGAGUCAUCUCAGGAACUUCAGGUAGCCAGUCUUAGUCGACUGGAACAAGAGAAUCAACAGGCUGGUGAACAAUUAGAGGAAGUAGUAAGACAAGGAGAAGCUUUACUUCAGAGAAUACAAGCUGCCCUACAGGAUAUCGCACAAAGUCAAUUAGAUAUGCAAAAUCCCACAUCAACGACUGUGAUUAAUAUGAAUCUUAACAGCAAUCCUGUUACCAUAAAACAAGAAAGUAUCAGUUCUAUAAAUACUGUGCCUUCGAAUAACACACAUCAGUUAUCAGAUCCUUCGCCUAAUUCAAUAAAUCAAUGACAUAUUUAUGAUUUAUUAUAAUUGAUAGGGGUUUACAGAAAAAUGUUCUUGUAAUCUGUAAAAUUGAACCAGUGUGUGUGUGUAUGAAUUUCUCAUUUCAAAAACAAUAAUGAUUUCAUUACUGUUUUGUUACAAGAAAAUAUUGAUUGAGACAAUAAAUAGGAUGAUAAUUUGUGA